UCGGAAUUUUAAAAACAGCAGCAGAGUCGUCGGCAACAGUGACAGUAAAUUGUCGGUCAGUAAAUAACAAAAUACGAUAUACAAGUUUCAAAUUCGCGAAAAAUAUUGCAAACAAUAGUUUAUGCAAAAAUUGUGUAAGCAUUGCAUUGUAUAAACACAAAAUUCUAGUGCACUGAGAAGAAAAAUCAAUUUUAAAAGCACUAAAAAGCCGAAGCGCUAGUUAGCAGCAGUGGCAGCGGCAUCGGCAGUACCAACGGCAGCUUACCGUGUUAAUAUGUGAAUUUUUGUUAGUGGAAUUAGCAUCGCAGUGGCUGAAGCAGCGAUAGCAAAGCAAAAGAAGACAUUGACACCCACGCAGUAACAGAAAAUCACUUGCCUGGAAUUAAUAAUUGUCUAGUGUGUGUGGCGGCGUCAAACAUAUAAACACGUUAACUGGUGGAAAAAAUUGGCUUAGUAAAAAUAGGGUUUGGGUGCGUCGUAUGCGUAAAUCAGUUGCAAAGUCCAAUUAGUUGAGGGGGAAUAAUUGCAAAGUGAAGCAAGUGUAAGCAGGUGUGCCGCGCGUGUAAACACAUUUAUAAAUACGAGCUGUAGUUGUGUAUGCCUUGCCCAUACGCAGGUGUCAAUGCAAGUGUUGGUUCAGAAGGAAAGUGUGUGAAAUUCGGAAAAAUCAGGCAGGUUGUCAUUCAUUCAAACUCAGCUACACACGCAACACAAGUCAUCGUUUAGCAGGCGGCGCAAUCGACGUAGCCACAACUAAACUCGGGUCCAGUUGAGUUGGUGCAUACUUUGGCGCUGUGCCAAAACCGUCGUUCAAGGUCGUCGGCAUUGGAGUGGGUAAUAACCAAAGCAAACGUUAACCGUCAACGUGUAUUUUGGGUAAAACUGCCAAAGUUAUUUGUGCGGCAAGUCGUACGUCGUCGUUGAUUUGUUUAUUGGUUUGUGGCGAGAAACGUUUUUAUUAUAAAACUAUAGUAUGGCUAUUAGUUUUGAGAAGCAUCGCGCACAAAUUGUAGCCGCUUGGAAUGAUGUGCUGGACGAUAAAAGCAGCACUAACUGGUCACUUUAUGGCUACGAAGGUCAAACGAAUGAACUGAAAGUUGUGGGCAGCGGUGAAGAUGGCGUGGAGGAGUUGUGCGAGGAUCUGAAUAGCGGCAAAAUUAUGUACGCUUUUGUGCGCAUUGAAGAUCCGAAGACGGGUUUGAAAAAGUUUCUACUCAUCAAUUGGCAGGGCGAGGGUGCGCCAGUGCUGCGGAAGGGAACUUGUGCCAAUCACAUACACGAUGUUGCCAAGUUGCUGUCCGGCGCACAUUUAACGAUAAACGCACGCAAUGAAGACGACAUCGAUGUGGAGCGUUUGCUCAAGAAAUUGAGCGCCGUUAGCUCAACGUACAGUUUCAAAGAGCCGCGCGGUGUGCAGGAUGAACAGAAAACACCGGUGGGCACAAAUUACACACGCGUCAUACCGACAAAGGAGCUGAAUCCCAGCGUGAUGCAGGACUUCUGGAAGAAGGAGGAGGAAGAGGAGAAACGACGCUUGGCGGCCGAAAAGGAAGCGAAGCGACAGCAACUGCACAAGCUCGAGCAGGAGCAGCGCGCACGCGAAGAGAAGGAGCAUUUGGAGCGUGAGAAGAAAGUGAUUAGCACGUCUAAGCUGCAGCCGGCGCAUGUGCCGAUUAAGACUUCGCCACAACCACUUAGUCCCGAAAAGACUGUUUCCGGUAAUUUCAACGUCGGCAUAACUGAAGCAGAACGCAUGCGCCAACAGCGCAAUCAGGAGGCGCGUGAACUCAUCGGUUCGCGUGUCAUUGCGGCCAAAGCGAUUUUUACACAAAACACCAGUCAAGGCCAGUUGCAAACCAAAUUAAAUACCGCACCACCUGCCAAACCUGCGCGUACAUCCAUCGCGCAACGUAUUAACGCCUUCAAUCAGCCACAGGCCGCUGAACCGGAGCCGCGCAAGCCCUCACCUACACCUGGUAAAGUUGCGCUGUCGAAAUUCGAAGAUGUUGGCGCCGUUAAUAACACACAACAACAACAGUCACAGCAGCAACAUGAACCACAACAACAACAAAAACAACAACACCAACAUGCUGUGCACACCAGCACACAACGUUCGCCUUCACCGGCCACAGUCACCGUGCACACAUCCACAUUAACGCCAACACAGGUGGCGAUCGCACCUGUUGCCGCCGGCGUUGUAGCCGCCGCAGUGGCACCUGCAUUAGCCACAAAUGCACUAGAGGAGGAGCAACCUGUCAAACCAGAAAUUACCGCAAUUGCCAAUAAUGAUGAUGUGCCCUCGGCAGCUGACGAUUAUGCUGCCGAAAAUGAGGAACAAUAUUCCACCAUAAAACGUUCGCCGCACAGCAAAUCGAAUUCACUGCAAUCGCCAGAGACUUCGUCGUCAAAUGCGACUGAUACGGCUGUCUAUCAGGAUCAAGAUGACGAGGGUGAGGAGCUGGAGGAGGAGGUGGUGCGCACAAAGGUGUCGGUGACGGUGCAACAACCGCAGUCGGUGAAGAAUGGUCUAAGCAGCGCUUUGGACAGAAACGAUUUGACUGACUUGGUUAACGAAGAUGACUUCAUUUGUCAGGAGUCUCUGGGCGAUGUUGGGCUGAAAGCAAGAGCUUUAUACGAUUAUCAAGCAGCCGACGAAUCCGAAAUUACUUUCGAUCCGGGCGACAUUAUCACGCAUAUCGAUCAAAUCGAUGAAGGCUGGUGGCAAGGGCUCGGACCCGAUGGAACUUAUGGACUGUUUCCGGCAAAUUAUGUCGAAAUUAUUAACUAAAGAAAAAAGGGAAUUAAUUAUAUACAAACAAACAAUAAUUGCGUAGAAACACAAAACAUACAAUUGAUGAGCAAAAAAUUUACAGUUUUUCUUAUACUUUUACAAAAGCCUAUUACAACAAAUGCAACAAACGGAUUAAAAAAAAUUAACUAAUUAAAAAAAAACAAUAAAGUUCACAAAAAAUUGAAACAUUUAAUAACAAUUCAGCAACUAUAAUCAUCAUUGCCGCGCCCUAAAUGCAACAACAACAUUCAGCACAGCACAAUUAUUGAAAUUUCAACUGAAGCGGUUUAGAAACUCCUAAUACUACUGAAGCAAUUGAAUUCUUAUGCAUUUUUAUAGCAACAUACAUACAAUUAUAUAUACAUAUAUAUGAUAUAUAUUGAUGAGCGCCAACUAUUGACUGCAAACAAAAGUGAAAACAACAAAAAAUCACAGUAAUUGAAUUGAAGAAGAGACCAACGGUUGCGCUGCACUGCAAACACGCAAGUUUUUCCGAAUAAAAUUAAAUAAAUACUUGCAUUAGUACGAAAUUUUUCAAACAUAAGCAAA